UUUUUACGAGUACCUACUUGUGGGGUGGGUAAUUCGGUGAUUCACAGGGAUAUAGAUUCACGAUAAUCGCGUCACGUAUUUUGUGCCUAAUUGGGUUUUUGUGCAAGUGGUGCAAUUUAUAUAUGAAGUGUGACGUGUAGAAAUUUUUUGUUCAUAUUAGUUCAAUACGAAUUGAGAAAACGAAAUGGAGGAAGAAAGAAAGGAAUCUUUUCCACUUCACAGAGCCGUUGAGUACAGAAUUAUACACAAGAUAAAUAUCCUGCUACCAAAGACUCAAGACAUUAACAAGAAAAACGACAAAGGCUAUUCGGUAUUCCUGAUAGCUUGUGAGCUGCGUGAUUACCCUGAGAUUUUGGAUAUACUACUGGCUCGUAAGGAUAUCGACAUAACAGUGACAAACAACGAGGGAUUUACUGCUCUGCACAUCCUUGCUUAUAGUGGCAACUUCAGAGGCCUCGUCAAAGUUCUGAAAGCAUUCCCAGAUGCCGAUAUUAAUAUGAAAAACGAUAAGGGUAACACACCACUUAUUAUGGCCUGUAAAAUGAACCAUAUAAGGAUCAUUGAAUACUUGUUAGCUAAAGGAGCUGAUCUAUCGAUCGAGAAUGUGAAAAAGUACACGGCACUACACUAUGCUGCCAAUAAUGGGUACACGGAAUGCGUUGAGAUGCUAAUUGAAUAUGGUAAGGCUUAG